UGACAACCGCCAAAUAACAUCCGGGAUGUUAAUACAAACUGCACUUCAAGGAAAUUCGUAAGUUUCGCUUUCAUUCUGUUAUUCACAGUAAGAAGUUUGUUUGUUCAAAAAUGGCUGAAAACCAAAGAACGAGCAACCAUGAAGACAGAGCAGUAUUUGUUGACAUGUGGAAAGCAGGAAGUGGAGGCUUCUUUGGAGGCAUUAUUGAAACCCUGCCAAAUAAUCGCGAAUUCACAAGCAGCCCAGUUCCAAGCGAGUCGGGAUCUCAACAUCGUCCUUCGUUCUCUGUUGAAACAAUUCACAUCUCCUCAAAGUCAGAUGCGUAUCAAGGAACUGAUUAUGGCUACGCUGGUGCGAUCAUUUACUCGUGUGACGGAAAAUCAGAGUGGCAAACCGCUAAUGGCACUCGCUGUAAGAGCGGAUACGUUGUAAUUAUGGAUACUGGGACUGAGAAAGUGAAGAAAUAUCAAGAAAAGAGCCCAGGGCUUGUACAUGGUGCUGUUUACCGAAGUGCCUUUGGAGAAGAGUGUACCGCAAGGCAUGUCAACGCGGAAGGAUUCUCGGUUUUGAAAGGAGAGUUCAAGAUCAAUUCUAGCGUGUUCAAUCCAGCAAAAGAUGGUUACCAUGA